AAGUUAGCGGGAAAGGUUUAAUGAAAUAGCUACGUAUACUGAUAAAUAUACUAAAAGCGAUGCGAUAAAAAAAAAAAAAAAAAAAAAAAAUUAAAAUUAAAAUAAAAUAAAGGAAAAAAAAAAUUUGAAGAGUGACAAUUCGAUCGAGUACUCUUUACAUGGAUACCUUUCGCAAUUGUGAAGAAUUUUUGGUGUAUCUGAAAUAAUAUAAAUGUAUAUAUACAAAAGUUCAUCCAUUGCGCCCAAAGUUAGGUUUUGCGCAUGCCAUUGAAAGUGACAGGUGACUUUUUGACAGUUCGUGAAAAAAAACAAGUUUUUUUGAAAAAUAACAAAAAAUUAAUUGAGCAAAAGAAGAAGACAAAAUGACAUCGAGUGUCAGGAAACCAAAAAUAAUUGUUUUCGAUUUAGAUUAUACUCUUUGGCCUUUUUGGGUUGACACUCACGUUACACCUCCAUUUAGAUACGGAAAAGGAAACGACGUUGUAGAUGCUCACGGUAAAAAAAUACGAUAUUACAAUGACUCUGCGGAAAUUUUAAAAAAUUUAGUACAAGAGGGUUAUGAAAUUGGUGUUGCAUCGCGGACCUCAGAAAUUAAAGGCGCUAAUCAGUUAUUGAAUUUAUUCAAAUGGGAUAAAUAUAUUACAUAUAAAGAAAUAUAUCCUGGAUCAAAAGAUGCACAUUUUUCGAAAAUUAAAAAAGCAUCCGGUGUUGACUUUAAGGAUAUGUUAUUCUUUGAUGAUGAGCAUCGAAAUAUUGUUGAUUUAACAAAAUUAGGAGUUCUCUCAAUAUUAGUUAAAGAUGGUGUUUCACAUUCAGUUAUUAAACAAGGACUAGAAAAAUUUGCACACCAAUAGGUAGUACAUUUAAUAUAAAAAUAGAUAAAAACAAAAAUUUCUAGAUUAUUCAAUUAGUACAAUUUAAUUAUUUAUUUAUAUAAUUGUAAAUAAUAUACAAUAUAUUUUGGUAAAAUACA